CUGAAAUCUGAAGAUAAUGGAGCCAGUCUAUGAAGGUUCAACUUCUACCUUAUCUGUUGGCUUCAUGGAUAGGAGAAGGAGAAGCCCUCUGAUUCGUCGACCCCGUGAUAUAAAAGGGAGCUUGCAUAGUUUCACUUUCAUGCCACCCUCAAGUGACAACACACUGAAACUGAAGCCUAAGCUUGGCGGUGGCCUUACUCGUACCAAAUCCACCACGGAUAAGGUAAAAGGGAAUGUACCAGAGCAGAAAACUAUGUAUCUAGGAGAGAUACAUCAAUCCAUGACCGAAAAGACCAAACGAGGUCUUAAAAAACGUUUGUUGGAUCAAGAACAAGACAGUGACGAUGAGGAGAUUAGAUACCUCGAGAAGUUAAAGUCUAAAAGGCUCACAAGGGAUUAUCAGACAAACAUUGAAGACAGAGAACAUCUCUCAUCAGACAAAAAAGCUGUAACUGAAAGGAGUAAGCUGCGGCUGGGAACGGUUGAUUCGCUUGUGGAAGGAUCAACGAGUGGACACGUUCCUACAACACGUACCCGGGCUCCCACCGGGUCGAGUCCUCUUGAGUUUCCUGAUGGCUUACCUUGCCUUUCUUCUAAAAGACAAAAACAGAAGCUUUCUGAGGUAGAGCAACAAUCCAAGAAGGCUGAAGCUGCACAGAGACGAAGAAUGCUAUCUGAAAAGGCUGCUCAAGAAGCUGAGGCUGAAGCUAUCAGGAAGAUACUUGGGCAAGACUCAGGGAGAAAGAAGAAAGAGGAGAAGAUUAAGAAACAACAGGAAGAACGAGCUCAGGAGAGAGCUACAAGAGCAAGCACACUCGCAUCAAACACUGUCAGAUUAGUUAUUGGUCAAAGUGGAACAACUUUGACGUUUUCUGAAGACAUUGGUCUUCCAGAUAUCUUCAAGCCAAUCACCUGCAGUUAUCCUCCAACACGUGAGAAAUGUGUGGGACCAAACUGUGAGAACUCGUACAAGUACAGGGACUCAAAGUCGAAGCUACCACUAUGCAGUCUCAAUUGUUACAAGGCUAUGCAACAACCUUUGAUUCAUUGUUAAUUGCUUAACAGAGUUUUGUUCAAAAUGUAUUAUUAAACACGUAAUUGUUUCUUUUAACAUGAACAAACCUCCGCCUACGAUAC